CUUCAUUCCUGCGUGUGUGUUGAGUGUGUAGUGUGUGUGGAGAGCGUAGCCGGACCCGUGUGAUCAGCUGUGACCGUGGGAAACGGACAAAAAUCCGUCUUUGGAGCGGAAACUCGAGAAAGAAUCCACACUGAAGCGCAUCAUGGAGUUUCGGGAUAGUUGUCUCCACGUAACGUUACCGCUGAAAGGUUCGUCAGGGGCUGUGAGCUAGUGGAAAGUAAACGCCUCCUCUCCAUCACUGUUUGCUUGGAGUGUUUUAUAAGUUUGCCACAUUAUUUUGGAACUCGCACUUUAACGCAUCAGCGCGUGCCCGUGUGCCUGCGGGAGAGCGGGGACGCGUAUGGAUCGGGAGCGCGGAAGGUCCCCUCAGAAAUCAACCCAGGAGAGCUCGGCUAAAUUAAAACUUUUUGGCUAAAUAAAUUCUAUUAUUUUUAUUUUUAUUGUUAUUAUUAUUAUUAUUAAUAUUGUUGUUGUCCCCUUGGCGUGGGUCCUGUCAGGUGAUUUUUGUGCAUAAAUAAAUCAUCGUAGUGAGUUUGUGAUGAGGCGGACUGCAGCGCGCGGGGGAGGACUCUCCGCUGGAUUUAUUGCGCAGUUUUUAAAAUAACGGGAAAACGGGAACACAAACACACACUCAUGGCACAGAGUAUGUCUGCAAAAGAUAACGCCUGCCGAAAAUUCCAGGCCAAUAUUUUUAACAAGAGUAAAUGCCAGAACUGCUUCAAAGCCCGAGACGCGCACCUGCUGAGUGAUGAAGACUUCACACAGGCAAAACCCAUCUACGGUGGAUGGCUGCUCCUGGCACCUGAAGGAACAAACUUUGACAAUCCUCUGCACAGAUCACGGAAAUGGCAGAGGCGUUUUUUCCUUCUGUAUGAACAUGGACUCCUGCGUUACGCGCUGGAUGACAUGGCCAGCACUCUUCCACAGGGCACCAUAAACCUGAAUCAGUGUGUGGAUGUUGUGGACGGUGAGAGCCGGUCGGGUCAGAAACACUCGCUGUGCAUCUGCACGCCGGAGAAAGACCAUUACAUACGUGCUGAGAGCAAAGAGAUCAUACAUGGGUGGCAGGAGGCACUGAUGGUGUUCCCACGAACCAACAAACAAAACCAGAAGAAGAAACGGAAAGUGGAAACACCAACGCCACAGGAACCAGGUCCUGCGAAGGUGACGGUCACCAGUACCAGCAGCAGCAGCAGCAGUAUGGUGUGUCUCCCCAGCACUAUUGCUCACGCAGAGCGAGUGCCGUCCACCCGGGCCACUCUGUGGCAGGAGGCAACAUGGAGUCGAGCCACUUUACCCACAAGCUGCAGCACCGGCAGCCUGAGUCAGCUGGAUUCAGGAAACGCAAGUGUUGGUCGUAAGCCACGGGUGGAGAGUGGAUAUUUUUCGCUGGAAAAACCCAAACCCGAAGAAGACGAAGAUCGACAGCAUCAUCGCCAGCAGGAGCAAGAGCCUUCGCCACCACAGCAGCAGCAGCAGCAGCUUUCUUCCUCUUCCACCACAUCCUCCUCUUCCUCUCGCUCCAGGUAUCUCUCCUUUGAUCCCGAGCUCUUCAGCUCUCCAAUCAGCUCACACAAACAUACGUCACAUGACCCGCACAGCGCUGCUAGCACACAGACUUACAGCAUUGCACAUAAUGCCUGCGCUCACAAACACAACACGCAGAGACUUAGCAAAUCAGAGGAGCACGUUCCAGCGCCGGAUUCCCCGCCCUCGUCGGAUGCAACUCUCUGUCCCCUUCCCAGCCCAGACCGGCUCUCCAGUCCAAACUCGCAUGCAAACGUCCUCCCAUCGUCCCUGUCUUCCUCUCAGAGCUCUUUAGACUCUGAGCAGAGUCCGGAGGGCCGUGUGGGCGGAGCCUCGGGCAGGGCGGGGCGAGGUGGGGAGGGUUACGCCGCUCUGGCGGAUGUGCCCCGGGCGCGGAGACUCAGUCACCGGGAUGCGUACCGAUCCAGUCAGAAACGGCAGGAGCUGCGAGCGCGCACGAGGAGCCCGGGCAGGGAGGAGGUGGAACGGCUGUUCGGACGUGAACGGAGCAGACGUUCACAGGUCAUUGAGAGAUUUGAGUGUCAUGACACUGUCAGCACUCCAGAGCAAAUGGACACAACUAAUUCUUCAACAGAGCCCGCCCCUUCUUAUUCUAAAACAGCCAAUCAGAGAGCAGGACGCAAUGAGAGACGCCUCUCCAAUCAGAAACAGGAAUUUUCAUUGGAUUCAGCUAAAGGUCAGACAGAUGACGUUUCUUCACUAGCUGGUUAUCGCAGGGCCAAAAGUCUGGAUCGCAGAGCCACAGAGACACUCAUGACUCCAGACCUGCUGAACUUUAAGAAAGGAUGGAUGACCAAACUGUACGAAGAUGGAUUGUGGAAGAAACACUGGUUUGUUCUGACCGAUCAGAGCCUGAGGUUCUACCGCGACUCCAUCGCUGAGGAGGCCGCUGAUCUGGACGGAGAGAUCGAUCUGUCAACGUGCUACGAUGUGAACGAAUUCCCAGUUCAGAGGAACUAUGGCUUCCAAAUCCUUAGUAAGGAAGGGGCAUUCACGCUGUCUGCUAUGACCUCUGGGAUACGUCGGAACUGGAUUCAGGCCAUUUUGAAGAACAUGCGGCCAACCGUCGCUCCUGAUGUCACACGGAAAAACGUGUCUCUGAAACUUUCAGUUCUUAUGCCCAGUUCCCUUCCAGAAGAGCGAACCAGAUCAAAUGUGGAACAAAACUACAUCCAGCCACCUUCUAACUCUUCGCAACUCUCUAACAGCUCUGUAGUUGAAGCUAAAAAGUCGCACGAGGACGUCACAGACUCCGCGCCUCCUUCCGAUCACCGUAAGAGCCGAGUCAACAAGCGCGAGGGACGGUCUAAAACCUUCGACUGGUCUGAGUUCCGUCCAGGACAGGAAAACGAGAGCGGACCACCCUCAAUAAAGAGGGCAGACACUUCAGUCAUUAUCUCAUCUUCUUCUUCCUCCACCUCUUCUGCUGACUCCUCUCCCAUCUCUAGCUCCUCCUCUCAUCAGACGUCAUCCUCGAUCACUACCACAAGCCAUACUGAUAAGUUGCCACAGCAAGAUGAAGAAGUCAUGCAGGAAUAUAUGCACCGCAAUCAGACGGCACCUACAGCAGGCGCAGUCAAGGCGACGACAGUGGCGGAGCCCCCAUCAAAGCUCCCCCGUAAAGUGCCACAGGAACAGGUGAAAAUGGAUGUAGACCAUGCCAGAGACUCCCAGGAGGUCGACAGUCAAAGCGCAGCCCGCAGAAACUCUGAUGUCCGAGUGGAAAUUGAGCAGAGGUGGCAUCAGGUAGAAACAACACCCCUCAGAGAGGAAAAGCAGGUACCAAUCACUGGCAGCUCAAAUGUACCUGUUGGAGAAAGAGCCCUUCCGCAAGAGCUGACCACUGCACUGGAAAAAGAGUUAGGUCAGGCACAAAGGGAGCUGGCGAGACUCCAGCAGCAGAACAGCAUCUUACAGGAGCAACUUCAGGAUGCCCGUGGAAGAGAACAGAAUGCCAGGGAAGGAUACGUACGGCAGAGUGACACGACCGCUGCAAAGCCUUCACCUGAUGCAGCGUCUACCUCGGUUCACCGAGCACCAUGGCAGCGACUCAGCAAGCUGAACCAGGAUCUAAAGUCUGAGCUGGACUCCCAGCGACGGAGGCAGGAUAAGGCCACUCAACAAGUUAGCAGCUUACGGCGUAGCUACAGCGAAGCGAAAGAUAUAAUAGGACACCAUGAGGCAGAGAUCGAGGCCUUGGAGGACAAGCUAACAGCUGCCAUGGCAGAUAUUGUAGCGAGCGAGCAGGCUGUGGCACGCAUGCGUAGCGAGUUAAAAAUCGAGCGGGUUCGAUGUCAAGAACGUGAGGAAGAAUGGGUCCGAAAUGAGACUAUGUUGCGGUCGCAGCUGCGAGAGAGCGAGGAACGUCUUCGGCAAGUCGAGGCUAGUUUGCUAGAGAAGAACCAGGAACUGAGACAGCUCGAGCAGAAGCAAGCUUUGCAGAGGGACCAGCACAAAGAGGUGCAGAGGCUACAGGAGAGACUCGCUGAGGCCACUGGACGUCUGAUUUCCAUGGAGGAAGCUGAAAAUAUGAGAGAGGAGCGGGAGAGGAAAGAGCAGCGAUGCCUGGAGGAGAAACACGAGCGGGAGCGGCAGGGACUGACCUGGAGAUUGGCAGAAUCCGAAGAGAGGAGGUGUGAAAUUGAAGAGCAACUGCAAGAGGCUCAAGAACAAGUGGAGGCACUGCUGAGAGGGAGCGGCGGGAUGGAAACUGUGGGACUCAGGGAGGAUGUUCAUCGUCUUCAGCAGGAGUUGGAGACGCAGACGGAUAUGGUGGAAAUGCUGCGAGAAAGUGUGAGGAGGCUGGAGGAGGAACGUGACCAACUUACUUGCCGCUGUCAGGAACUCCUCAAUCAGAUUGCAGAGGCCGACCGAGAGGUAGGAAAGCAACAGGCAUGUUUAACGACGGUGGAAACAGACUAUCACUCUCUUGAGAGCUCGUAUGAGCGUGUCUCAGAAGAAUUUGCUAGGAUAAGUCAUGUGCUACGAGAGAAGGAAGAGGAAGUGAAGCAGACAAAGGAAAUGUACGAGCAGCUAAUCAGGCAGAAGGAGCAGGACUUGAGCGAGGCCCUCAUCAAGAUGGCUGCCUUAGGCAGUAGUCUAGAAGAAACAGAAUUUUGCUUGCAGCAAAAAGAGGAACUUCUUUCUAAAAUGGAGCGUGACUAUCCGGGACUGGUAGAGUCCCGUAAAGCGGAACAGGAGCUUCAGGCAAAACUGGUGGUUGCAGAGGAUCGGAUUGCUGAGCUGGAGGAACACCUCAAUGCCCUGCGACUCGGAUAUGCAGAUCUCAGGAUACGACGUUGUCGCUCGCAGGAAGACCUGCUUGACGGUUUGAAAGAAAUGCAACAUGAUGUUUCCUCAUCAUCAAGCACCUCCCAACUCCUGCUUGCAAGAAGCAGCUCCGAGACGGAAAUGUCCUUGGUAAAGCGCCAGAGGAUUCGCUUUUCCACUAUUCAGUGCCAAUCCUAUCACCGGUCCCAGGGAGCAGACAAGUUUCAGACAGAAAAUACAUCUUUGGAUCUGACACAAGAUCUGAGCCUAGACCACAUGCAUGACCUGAGCCUGACCCAAGAUAUCAGUGUAGUCAGUGACAGUUCAUUCCAGCAGUGUAGAGAUCCAGAUAAGUUCAUUUCUAUUAUAAACGCUUUGGAAACCAAGCUAUUGGCCACAGAGGAGAAGCUCAGGCACCUCACAGAGAAGAUACGGGACCAGCCCGAUCUUUCAGCAAUGCAGGAACACCUGAGCACCAGCGCUACCGUGGAGGACUACACGACUAAAACCUGUGAUGAAUUACCAUUGGAUGAACCCAGUCAGAAAUUCCUUAGCAAGACUUUUGGCGAGCAGGACAGUGAGGAAUAUGAGAAGGCAUUGGCACUAGUGGAGUGUUGCACAGAAAGAGUCAGAGAAAUUCUCAGCAAUCAGAAAGAGAGCAGUCCUGCUGAAUCUCUCAUUAGUACCCUUGCAGAAGUAGAGAAACGGCUGGUUUGUGCCACCAUGUACCUGAGGAAGGGCAGCACAUUGUUUGAGUCAUGCCAGAUCUUUGAUGCACCAGAUGUGCAAUCAAUGCAGGAAAGUAUAAAGCGGUUUGCCAGAAUGUUAACCUUUGAAGCUGAGGUUCUGGAGAAGAUGGGGUUGUCUCUGCAAGACCUGAACUCUGAUAUUAUGUCGGCCCUGAACUCCAUUCACAAGGAUGCCGAAAAUAUCAAGAAGAACUGCAACGGCUGCCUCUCAGUUGUUUAUGCUGAUGUACUUUCAAGAAAACUUAUGCUGGAGACCAUGUUCUUGGCAGAGGUGGACAAGCUCGAGACGAGUAAACUAUCAAAUAGUGCUUUUUCACAGGAUAUCAUCAAGAAUGUCUGCAUUAGUGCUGAGCUUGCCUAUUCGCUUCAGAAUCUAACAAUGAAUUUCCAGGAAAAAUUCAAUGAGCUUCAAAAGGACUUGCUCCAGGCGAACGAGACCUUGAAACAAAAGGACAUGGCUCUGAAAGAUGCUGUUAGUGCAUCAAAGCGUGCUCACAUUGAGAGCAUGACCCAAAGUGAUACUGGUCAUCUUGGUGACAUCGCCCCUCCUGAACUUGUCCCCUAUAUGGAGCAGAUUGAGAUUGAGGAAGCUCAGAGUUUAGCGGCAGAGAUUGUCCGCAGACAUUUAGCAAGCGGCAUGCUAUCCCAUAGUGCAGAUUCAGAAUCGCAUCUGCAAACGAGUUGGGAAAAUCUCAUCGCUGAGCUAAAAAAGCAAGCAAAAGCCCUCCGCUGUCUCUCUCAGGAAAUUGAGAGGAUCUGCGAGGAAGGAGAAACAAAUUCACUUUCUGGACUUGCGGAUGCCAUCCAGAUGAGCUCGUGGCGCGAUGACUCCAGCGCCGCUUGCCUGCGAGAGGCUUUGAUGCAGGCGCAGGUUGCAUAUGUUGCUUGCAGGUUGAGAGCAGGUCACACGAGGGAACUUUCUCUCUGUCAGGAGACUAGCCGCAACAUGACAGUGCUCGUCCAGGAACACGCUGAGAGUGUUGCAGCCAUACAAAGGCACUACCAGAGCUGCUUGGAGAAAGAACAUCUUAGCUUCACUGGCACUAUCAGUUCCUUGCAGGAGGAGAACGACAUGCUUCGAGGAGAACUAUCCUAUAAGCUCAGGGAGCUCCAGGAGCAACGGCAGAACUUAACCCAGCUGGAAGAGGAAUUUCAUAGGGAGAAAGAAGAGCUCAAGAACAGGCAUGCAGAUGAGAUGGGAAGGGCCAAGCAGGAGCAGAUAACCAGAGAGCUCGAACUAAUGGAGCGUGCCGCCAAUAGCCAACACAGGCUGGAGACCCUGCUGCUAGAAAUGGAAGAUGCUGAGUUGAGGCACAAGGAGCAAAUCCGAAAACUUGAGCAGGAAUUUCAGAGUAAGGUCCAGGAACUAGAACACGCCAACAGAGAUGAGCUCCGCAAGCUACAAGAAUGCUACAGCCAGACCAUCUGCUUGCUGGAGGAGAGGCGCGAACAAGUGGAGAACAAAGAUGAGGCCGACGCAUGUCCCAUGGAGGAAGGGGAUGGAACUGAUCAGGUAACUUGCAGGGAGUCCCUGCUCCGAAUCCGGGAGCUGGAAAUGCAGUUGAGCAGCAUGAGGGAGGAGCUGGAACAGAAACCACUGGAUGGAGAUCUGACCAGCCUGAAGGAGAAAUACCAGCGAGACUUGGACAGCCUCAAGGCGACAUGCGAGCGUGGAUUUGCAGCGAUGGAGGAGACGCAUCAGAAGGUGAUCGAGGACAUCCAAAGGCAGCAUCAGCGAGAGAUCCGGAAACUUCUGGAGGAGAAAGAAAGACUGCUGGAGGAGGAAACAAACGCCACUAUUGCUGCGAUUGAGGCCAUGAAAAACGCUCAUCGCGAGGAACUGGGGAAAACGCAGCGGUCGCAGAUGAGCGGUGUGAGCGCAGACAUUCAGGAGCUGCGCAGACAGUAUGAAGAGGAGUUGCAGUCUAUCCAUCGUGAGCUGGAGGUUUUAUCUGAGCAGUAUUCUCAGAAGUGUUUAGAAAACGCACAUUUGGCUCAAGCACUGGAGGCUGAGAGACAGGCACUGGGACAGUGCCAGCGAGAGAACCAGAAACUUCAUAUACACAACCAGGAACUAAAUCAUCGUCUGAAUGAAGAGAUCACCAGAAUGCACUCUUGCAUGAGUGAAGACAAAUUGCCUUCCUCUCUGACACAAGGCAAAGACAUCUAUGAACUGGAGGUUUUGCUGCGAGUGAAGGAGUCAGAGAUCCAGUACCUCAAACAGGAAAUAAACUCUCUCAAAGACGAGCUGCAGUCGGCACUUCGAGAUAAGAAGUAUGCUUCGGAUAAGUACAAGGACAUUUACACAGAGCUGAGUAUCGUCAAAGCUAAAGCUGACUGUGACAUUAACAAGCUGAGGGAGAAACUUUUGGCUGCUACAGAAGCUCUUGGGGAAUUAGACGCUGAAGGAAGUGGCGUUUCUGCUGGAUACGACAUUAUGAAGUCAAAGAGUAACCCAGAUUUCCUGAAGAUAGAAAAAUCCAAACAGAUGCGUGGGGUCAGGUCAAAGGCAGAGAGUGAGGGGUUGGUCGGGGGUAGCUGACCGCUGUGACCCCAUCAGGUCCUUCAGGUGAAGCAGGUAUCGCUCUUAGUUUGAAGGAGGGAUUGACAGUACAGGAGAGGAUGAAGCUAUUCGAAACUAAAGACUCCAGAAAGAUAUAACACACCUCACACACUUUCUUUCUUCCUUUUUUUGUAUUCUCGCUCUUUUAUUGUCUUCAUUUAGAUCUUCUUGGUUGGUAGAUGAAGCAGGGUAAAGAACUUCAGCUUUCUGAUUGUGUUUUAAUAUUGUUUGUGUGAAUUAAGGGAAUGACAUGUUUCAAUAUUGACACAGACCAUUUUUGCCAACCUUCAGCUCCGAUGAACCUCAUAUUUUUGGUGUUUUUUGGUCUCUAGAAGUCCUGAAGCUGUUCCUCAUCAUCAGUAUAUAUGAACACACUCAGUAUUGAACUAGAACACUAGACGUGUGUGUGUGUGUGUUUCUCAUUUGAGUAUCUUCUGAAUGGCUGCUGUUUUGUCUUUAUAGGGGUGCUGGUGACAUUUUUAUGAUUAUUCUGAGAGAAGAAGAAUUGCUUAAUUAUUGACAGAGAGAUGUUAUUUUGCCAAUGAUAUUGUAAAUAUGAGUAAAGUCGCGUACGUGAUAACAUUUUUUCAGACUUUUUAGUACUGUAACCUUGAGAUGAAAUGACGUGGUUUCUAUAAGCUGGGUAACGUGAGUGCGAGUGUGUUUUGUAGAGUGUUUUUGAUCGUCAGAGAGGUUUGGCCGAUUAUGUGCUUCAGUCAUUUACUUGAGGAGAAUCUAAUUGCUGUUUUAAUUGCUUUUGUGUUGUUUCUGGUUUAAUCGGAUGUGCAAAAUUUAGAGCAACCAAACGUGAUCUCUGCUGUGGGUUGUUUUGGCAUAAAGCGUUCGUUCGGCUACUGAUAGUGAGCUAAUUUCGUCCUGUAAUUCGAUCUGAACGUGGGACACUUUAAUGAUUUAGUUAUUCCAGCGUUCGUGCUGUUUAAUACUGGCCUUUGCAUGAAUAUGAAGCACUUUGAGUCGUUAAUUUCUGUGUUCUGGUUUUGAAACAUGUGAUUCCAUAUUCCUUCUGCUCCAGAAUUCAGAAAGUAUUGAACACACAACAAAGAAAACUCACUGUAUAAUAAUAUUCAAUAUUUGCUUUGUAAAUAAUUGGUUUUAGAGAAGAUUCCUUUAUCUUGUUCUCUCGGUCUGCAUAGAGGAAAAAAAUAUCUUUAUAUCUAUCUAUAAGCCGUAUGUCUACACCUAAUCUGUAUGAAUAUUUUUAUUUUGGUGUGCGUGAAUGUGAUACAUCUGUAAUAAUAAAAAUGUUUUUGAAUCAAAAA